UUUUAAGUUGUGUGUGGGUCCGAUGAUCUCCGAGGGCUUUCCUUUUUGUAAGUUGAAAGCGGCGAAGAAGGAAAGAGGGUUCGAAAGGCGAAGAAGAAAUUGUUUCAGAUGACGACGCGAAUCGCUCCCGGGGUGGGUGCGAACCUCCUCGGCCAGCACUCCGCCGAGAGAAACCAAGAAGCCACCACCUACGUCGGCAAUCUCGAUCCACAGAUUACAGAGGAGCUACUUUGGGAAUUAUUUGUUCAGGCUGGACCAGUUGUUAAUGUCUAUGUUCCGAAAGAUAGAGUGACAAAUCUUCACCAAGGAUAUGGAUUCAUAGAGUUCCGAAGCGAAGAAGAUGCUGAUUAUGCAAUCAAGAUUUUGAACAUGAUUAAACUUUAUGGAAAGCCUAUCCGUGUGAAUAAGGCUUCCCAAGACAAGAAGAGUUUGGAUGUCGGGGCAAAUCUUUUUGUUGGAAAUCUUGAUCCGGAUGUCGAUGAGAAACUUCUCUAUGAUACUUUUAGUGCAUUUGGAGUAGUGGUCACUAAUCCCAAGAUAAUGAGAGAUCCUGAAACUGGGAAUUCAAGAGGCUUUGGUUUUGUUAGCUAUGAUUCAUUUGAAUCAUCUGAUGCAGCAAUAGAGGCCAUGAAUGGCCAGUACCUUUGUAACCGCCAAAUUACAGUCUCAUAUGCGUACAAGAAGGACACAAAGGGAGAACGCCACGGGACACCAGCAGAGAGAAUUCUUGCUUCAAACAAUCCCGGCACGCAAAGAAACCGGCCACAUACUCUAUUUGCAAGCGGACCACCCUCGCUUCCCGGUUCUCAACCAAAUAGCAGCAUCCGUGCACCCAUUCCUCCUCGCCCUUUUAUCAAUGGACAGGUACCGGCCGCUCCAGUACUAGCCAUUCGACCUCCACCACCACCUCAAGGGGGUCAAUUCCCCCCUCCCAUGCAGAUUCCGAUGCAGAUGGCGGCCGCCCCUUGGCCCGGUCAGCCACCUCAAGCCGGUCAAGGCAUGGUUCCUCCGGUAAUGCCGCCACCACAAAUGCAAUUGCAGUUCAGGCCUCCCAUUUGACCCCCGCCGCCUAAUAUGGUUCCGCCACCAUCGGCAGCCAUGAUGAGGCCACCGCCUCCACCACCUCC